AAUAUCGAGAUGUUUUAAAUAAGGGGGGGGGGGGUUAUCUCGAAACUCGUAUCUCCAUCUUUCGUGCACGCGAUAUUGUGGUAAUAUCGUGCAAUUCCAAUUUGCAAUUUCAUUUUGAUUACAAUUAUAGUAAUGGCAACUCCGAAAGUAUGGGCGAAAAUACAACCUUUGGAAAAUCCUCUCAAUCUAUUAGAUAUCACGACAGAGCAAUUGGCUACGAGCAUCCAGGAGAGGGAACUGAAGAAAUAUUUUGACGAGGACAAUACAAACCAAACGGAUGUACAAGUAGGAGACACUUAUGAUGCUAGCGAUACUAGCAAUGAUGAAGUCAUAGCACACCUAUUACAAGCUCAAUUUAAUCGCGAGUAUGACACGAUGUUGAAACGUACAGAGGAUAAAGUCAAUCGUGACUCGAAAGUGAGCAUCUCGUAUAGUAAUUAUCGUAGCUCUGUGCAUGAUAGUAAGGAUGACGAUAAUGUUGAUCCUAACAUAGAUGACAGUAACAGGGACAUUGAUCGUUUUGUUAGCGUAGAGAAAGAAUAUGCCUCAAUUCCACGUUGUGGAUACAAGAAGAUGGGAAAAGACUCUCAGAUUGUUACAAAACAUGACAUCUUAAUGUCUUCCAGGAUAAAUGCUUGUCGAUUAUUGCAAUUCCCACCAGGAAUUCAUACGGGAGACACAGGCGGUUUUGAUGUGAAAUUGAACAACAAAGUGUAUAACACCUUACGUGCUUAUAGUCGCGCGCAAUGCUCCAAGGAGAGGGCAAAGGUUUCCCCAAAAUCCAAGACUCAUCUGAAAUAGAACAAAGGCCUGACGUUUUCUUCCUAGCAAUAUUCUGUACCUCGUUAACGCGCGAUAUGUAUUGGUCUUAUUUUAUUAAUAAAUCAAUUGGUAUCUUAAAUUAUUAAAAAAUAUUUCACAUAAUUAUGUAAUAUUUUUCUUUAACAAUAAUAACAAGCAAUAUUUAUUGAAGAUAGAUAAAUAUCGCUAAUGAAGUACAGAAUAUCUGUACUUGUAAUUUCUCGUAAUUAUAUUUAUGUUUGCUUGUUGUAAAUACAUCAAGGUACUUGCAUGAUAUGAUGAAACGAUAAAUUUGUACAUAAUUUAGUUAUUGUGUGUACAUUAUAAAAUUCCAAAAAAA